AUGCAGGGGAAGGAUGCAGGGGGUGGUGCAGAGGGGAGGGGGGAGGCUGAGCUGGAGGCGUUUGAGAAGUGCGCGUUUCUUCUAACCUUACGCAGUGACGUAGGUCACGGGAGACCCAAUCAGCGCUCCGGAUUUGGUUUAUACGGAAGUGCUAUAGCGGAUGUGCUGAAGCUGAGCGGAGACGCUGCAGCUCCGAACCAGAGCAGAAAAAUGUCCGGAUUCAGAGACUGCGUGGCUGAGAUGUUGAGAGAGUUAGCGGAAUUUGGGAAAGAGCUCAAAUUUGGAGACACUGCUUUGAAAAUUAAUGUCCAGUCAAAUGCAGUGGAUCUUCAGUCCUCUUCAGCUGCUCAUGUUUACAGCUGUUUACAGCAGCACAUCUCAAAACUGCAGGCUGUGUCCAAGAGCCUGAAGUCAGUGCUGGACUCGGACAAAGCCUCUGAAAACAGCAUUACAUCACUCCCACUUAAACCGCAGAUUUCCUCUUGCUCGGAUCCUCCCCUCUCCGUCGCCACAGAGAGCCAAAGCGAUGAUGUCAUGGUCCAGAUCCGAGCCGGGAAGUCGGAGAUCGAGCGGAGAAUAUCUGCAUUUAUGGAGCGCAAGCAGAUGGAGAUCAAUGAAAACAAUGUACGAGAGUUUUGCAACGUGAUCGACUGCAAUCAGGAAAACAGCUGCGCCAGAACUGACGCUGUGUUCACGCCGUAUCCAGGAUUUAAAAGCCACGUCAAAGUGACUCGUGUGGUGAACAGUUAUGGGCCACAGACUCUGAUGGGCUCGAGUCCCACAGACCUGCAGCAGACUCAGGCCCCAGCUCUGCCUCAGGACUGUGGAAAUGCUGCCAUAGAAGAACGACUGCAAAACAUCGAGGAGCAUCUCAAACUGCCUUCAGCCGGCCCGGUACCUCUUAGUGUUUACCAGCGGAUAAAGAAACUAGAGGACCGCAUUCUGGAGCUGGAGGGCCUGUCUCCGGAGUACUUCCAGACCACGAGUCACCUGCACAAGCGGCCCAAGCUCACACAGCCACAGUCCUGCAGUCUGACGGAGCUGGAUGAGAAGAUCAGUGCCGUGAAGGCGGCGCUGCUGAAGAAAGUGAGUGACUUUGGGCCUGGAUACGGCUCAGACUGUGCUCUCUGAGAGACUGUGGAACUAAAGCAAAACUACUGCGAAGAGUGAAGAUGUGAGGCUCCUUUUGUCUAUUACAGCUCCUGUAUCACACAAAAUGGACUCUUGUGAGCUUUAAGUCAUGUUCUAAUGUUGUUUCCUCCUCAAAAACACACCUGUUGUUGUAUUUUGUUUCAUUCACACGUUUGAGUAACUCUUUAUUAUUAGUCUGUCUACUUCUCCGAAGCUCAAAGUGAUCUGUUCCACAUUGUGAUGUCAUGAAGUGGUAGUUCUCAAGUGAAUGGCUCGUUUUAGGUUUAGUUCAGUAAUUGGCGAUUCAGAGAUUGGCAGUGCCAGAGCUGAAAUGAUCCAAAUGAUUCUAGUGAAGGUGUAUGGAAUUCAAAAACACAGUGGAGCACUUCCUGUAUUACCACAUGACAUCACAAGGUGGAACAGAGUUGUUGUUUUUUUCCAGUUUGAGAGAAGAACUCAGCCUAAAUGUGCAGGUUUGUGAGUAGAACAUGUGUGAAUGAAACAAAACACAAGUCCAGUUGUGUUUUUGAGGAGGAAACUACAUUAGAACAUGAAUCAGAAAAUAGUGUCAUAUGGGCCCUUUAAACCUUUAAUUUUCUGUGUAACUCAAACAUUAGUUGAUUCCUACUUGGAUUUGUAAAUAAAUAUGAUUUCUUUUGAA